AUGUUCAUUAAUCGAUGAUUAUUUUCAACUAACCACAAGGAUAUCGGCACCUUAUAUCUACUAUUUGGUGCCUGAGCAGGUAUAGCUGGCACCGCUUUAAGUCUGUUAAUUCGUGCAGAACUGGGCCAACCAGGGGCUCUAUUAGGAGACGAUCAAAUUUACAAUGUAAUCGUCACUGCCCAUGCUUUCGUAAUAAUUUUCUUUAUAGUUAUACCUAUUAUAAUUGGAGGCUUCGGGAACUGACUGGUGCCCCUAAUAAUUGGAGCCCCUGAUAUAGCUUUCCCUCGAAUGAAUAAUAUAAGCUUCUGACUUCUUCCUCCCUCUUUCCUACUGUUACUGGCCUCAUCUAUAGUUGAAGCAGGAGCUGGUACAGGUUGAACAGUUUACCCACCCUUAGCAGGAAAUCUUGCCCACGCGGGAGCUUCAGUCGAUCUUGCUAUUUUUUCUCUACACCUAGCAGGUGUAUCUUCAAUCUUAGGAGCAAUUAAUUUUAUUACUACCAUUAUUAAUAUAAAACCUCCUGCACUUUCUCAAUAUCAAACACCAUUAUUCGUAUGAUCCGUCCUAAUUACAGCAGUACUGUUACUUCUUUCCCUCCCGGUUCUAGCUGCUGGAAUUACAAUACUAUUAACAGACCGAAAUUUAAAUACUACUUUCUUUGAUCCUGCUGGAGGAGGAGACCCAAUUCUAUAUCAACAUCUAUUUUGAUUUUUUGGACAUCCUGAAGUGUAUAUUUUAAUUUUACCUGGAUUUGGCAUUAUUUCUCAUAUUGUCACAUAUUAUUCAGGAAAAAAAGAACCCUUUGGAUACAUGGGAAUAGUAUGAGCUAUGAUAUCUAUUGGAUUUUUGGGCUUCAUUGUAUGAGCCCAUCACAUAUUUACAGUAGGAAUAGAUGUAGAUACUCGAGCUUAUUUUACAUCAGCUACUAUAAUUAUUGCCAUUCCUACUGGAGUUAAGGUCUUUAGUUGAUUAGCUACUCUUCACGGGGGUAAUAUUAAAUGAUCUCCUGCCAUACUGUGGGCUCUCGGGUUUAUCUUCUUAUUUACAGUAGGAGGUUUAACAGGAAUCGUACUCGCCAAUUCUUCCCUUGACAUCGUCCUCCAUGACACUUACUAUGUAGUAGCCCAUUUUCAUUAUGUUCUAUCUAUAGGAGCAGUCUUUGCUAUUAUAGGUGGUUUUAUUCACUGAUUCCCUCUAUUCUCAGGUUAUACAAUAAGCACAACUUGAGCAAAAAUUCACUUCCUAAUUAUAUUCGUGGGAGUAAAUAUAACUUUCUUCCCACAACACUUCUUGGGACUGUCAGGUAUACCACGACGCUACUCAGAUUAUCCAGACGCCUACACUACCUGAAAUACUGUGUCUUCUAUAGGCUCAUUCAUCUCACUAACCGCUGUUAUCUUAAUAAUUUUUAUAGUGUGAGAAGCAUUCGCAUCCAAACGAGAAGUGUCAGUAGUAGAACUACCAUCUACAAAUCUUGAAUGACUUCACGGAUGUCCUCCCCCUUAUCACACCUUUGAGGAACCUACUUAUGUAAAUCCUAAAUAG